GUGGAGCAGAGCUCCAGGGAAGGCAGAGGGGCCGGGAGCUCCUGGCUGGAUUCUGGGUGCUCCUCUUUCCCCUCCUUUUGGAUCUGAGAUUGCAGCCAUCACCUAGGUCAAGAUCAAGGUACCCUUCUGGUGAGGAAAGGAACCCUGCUGGACCUGGCCAUGUUACUUUUGAGCUGGCUGCUUCUACUUGGGUCUGCUUUUCAUCAAGGCCUGAAUUCCUGGGAGGUGACCAGCCCUGAAAAUGUUCAGGGUAUCCAUGGCUCCUGUCUGGUCAUUCCCUGCACUUUUAGCUUCCCUAGAGAUGUGAAAACAGAUCAAGGCAUCACUGCCAUCUGGUACCGUGACUACUCAAAAGCUGACAAAAAGGUGGUGGUGAGCCAUUCCCAAGACCCAGGCCAGGUGGAGAAGCGUUUCCAAGGCCGGACUAAGCUGCUGGGGGACCCUAGGCAGAAGACCUGUGAUCUCCUCAUACAGAAGCUCAGUCCUGAUGACAAUGGGGACUACACCUUUCGAUUCCAGAUCAUUGGAGUGGACAGCUGGUCUGCCAAGAAGAGCACUGCCGUCAAGGUUACUGAUGAACCCAGCACCCCCACCAUUGCCUCCCCUGCUCAUCUUCAGGAAGACACAAAAGUCAUCUUCAACUGUUCGACCCCCUAUGUGUGUCCCGAGGAUGGAACCCCCCUCUCCUGGCACGGUCAGGAUCCUGUCCACUCCAACACUAGCCAGCUCCAGGUACUGGCGCCCACUGGUGUCACCUACCAACAAAGCCUCAGCGUUGCCUUAUCCUGGCGUGACCACGGCCGGAUGCUGACCUGCCAGUUCUCUGCUGCCGGGAAGCAGAGUCAGAAGCAGAUCCACCUUCAGGUGCAGUAUGCCCCCAGAGGAGUGGAGGUCUCCCUAAGGCCCUCCCAGCAGAACAUCCACCUGGGAGAUUCCUUUGCCCUCACCUGUCACAUCAAUGGCAGCCAUCCUGAGCCCACUGCCUUCAGGUGGUUUAAAAAUGGCGACCUCUACAAUGCCAAUCAAAAAGUGCUCCAGGUGAGCAAGGCCACAUGGGAGGACCACGGGCACUACUCCUGCGAGGCUCAGAAUGUGGUGGGCACUGGAGCAGCUGCCCCCAUCACUGUCCCCAUCUUUGAUCCGCUGAUCCGAGUGCACCCACCUGGGAACAUCCAGGAAGGGCAGGCAGUGACUCUCACCUGCACCCUGCCUGCGGGGGAGCAGCAGAACGUCUCCUACAGCUGGUUCAAGAACAACGUAUGGAUCGAGGACUUGGCAGCCCAGACCCUGGUGUAUGCUCAGGUCAGCAGUGCCGACACUGGCUUCUACUUCUGCCAGGUGCAGAACUCCAAGGGCGUCAAGGCCUCCCCACCGGUUAACCUCGUGGUCACCUAUUCACCGAGGGUCCCCGUACUCACCUCCUUCCUGGAAACACAGAGGGGCCAGAAAGCCAUCAUCCACUGCUCUGUGGACAGUGAACCCCAGGCCAAGCUGACCCUUUGGCAUGGUGGCCAGCUGCUGGCCUCCUCCAGUUCCCAGGAUGCACCCAGUCAACGCUUCAGUGUCUCUAGUGGCUACAACUCCCUGCGUCUGAUUAUUCGAGGACUGGACACUGAUGAUGGUGGGGACUACCAGUGUGAGGCCACGAAUGCCCUCGGAAAGGCCACCUCCAGCCAUGACCUCAGCACUAACACAGCCUGGGUAGGAAUUGAUCCCACGGCCGAGGUGGUAGAGGGCGAGGAAGUGACACUGAGCUGUGUGGCUGCCCAGGGUGACCAGCCCUAUGCCCUCUACACCUGGUACCGGAAUGGAGAGUGGCUGAAGGACGGACCCCUUAGCUUCCUCACCUUUCCCAAGGUGCUCAGCGCCAACGCAGGUUCCUACCACUGCCGGGCCCAGGACAGCCUGGGCAGCAGCCGGACCUCGCCUCCUGCUGCCCUUACGGUUCUCUACCCCCCACGCCAACCCACGCUCACCGCCUUGGUAGACAUGGAGGCUGGUAGGCUGGGCCUCCUCUUGUGCAGAGUGGAAAGUGACCCACCGGCUGAUCUGAGGCUGCUCCGAGGAGACCAGCUUGUGGCCACCUCUCAGGGUGGGUGUGGAGGUGGGCAGCGCCAUCCCCGGGCUCAGGCAACCUCCAGUCCCAAUUCCCUUCGUGUGGAGAUCCGUGAUGUGGUGCUGGAGGAUGAAGGGGAGUACACGUGUGAGGCCACCAAUACCCUUGGCAAUUCCACGGCCUCCGUGGCCUUUGAAGCCCAGACUACCCGUCUGCUCAUCUUUCCAUCGGCCACUGUGACAGAAGGUGACAAGGCCAAUCUGACCUGUGUUGUGAGCCGGGAGUCAAACAGCAGUCCUACGAACCUCACUUGGUACCGGGAUGGGGCCGAGUGGGCCCAGAGGUCACAAGAAGCUGUGAUUCUUCAACCUGUGGUUAGGACAGAUGCUGCCCUUUACUCCUGCCACGUCAGCACCGAAAUAGGGGAGAGGCGCUCCCCUGCAGUGGCCCUGCAUGUGCUGUACCCUCCAGAUUCCCCCCAGCUCUCUGCCUUCCUGGACACCACCGGGGGCCGAGUGGCCGUGUUCCGCUGCACCGUUGACAGCAGUCCCUCUGCAUCAAUGACCCUGUUCCAUGGUGAGGAGCUGGUGGCUUCCAGCCUUGGCUCCAGGGCUUCGGAGGGCAGGCAGCUCUGGGUACAAGCCAGCCCUAACUCCCUGAGGGUGGAAAUCAAGGACCUGAGACUAGAAGACACUGGGAACUAUAGAUGCCAGGCCACUAAUGCUCAUGGCUCAGCCUCCACCACGAUUUUUUUUCAAGUUCAUGCUGCUUGGGUUCAGGUUUCACCGUCUCUGGAGGUUCACGAAGGGGAGGCAGUGUCCUUGAGCUGCAAGGUGACAGGGGGGGCCCCUGAUGGGACCGCCUACGAGUGGUACCGAGACAGUCGGCACCUCUCCGAGCCCACUGUGUCCACGCUCCACUUUCCCUCCAUCACUGCUGAGCAGGGUGGCACCUACCACUGCCAGGCCCGGACCCCAGCGGGUGCUGCCAGUCUUGCCUCCCCUGUCAGCCUUCAUGUAUCCUACCCCCCACGACAGCCUACCCUCACUGCCUUGUUAGAAUUGGAGGCUGGGAGGUUGGGCCUCAUCCUGUGCCAAGUGGACAGUGAUCCCCAGGCCCAGCUGAGGCUGCUGAGGGGCAGCCAGCUCCUGGCCUCCUCCCAGAGCAGGGUUGGAGUUGACUCUCCCCGAGUUACUCGAGCCUUCAAUGUCCUCCGUGUGGAGAUCCCGAAUGUGGUGCUGGAGGAUGAAGGAGAGUACACCUGCGAAGCCAGCAACGUCCUUGGGAAUGCCACAGCUUCUGUGGCCUUCAGUGCCGAAACCGUGGUAGUGCAGGUGCUGCCCUUGCCGACCGUUCAGGAGGGCCAGGCCGUGAACUUGACUUGUGUGGUCUCAGCUACCGAUGUUACCCAGCUCAACUACACGUGGUACCGGAACGGGCAGUGGGUGGCUGGAGGCCCUGGCUACUCCUCCAUCUUCCUCCCCAAUGUCUCUGCUGCUGAUGCCACCUCUUACCGCUGUGCUGUGGACACUCACGAGGGAAGCACGCGCUUCUCCUCCUCCAAGAGCCUCACCGUUCUCUACCCACCCCGGGCUCUGCAUCUGACAUCUCUGCUCGAUAGCCGGGCAGGACAGCCGGCUGUGUUGUUGUGCACUGUGGACAGCCAACCUCCAGCCACACUGGCUUUGAGCUGGGCUGGUCAACUCCUGGCCUCCUCUUCCCUUGAGCAAGCCAGGCUGGGGGCUUCCUCUACCCCUAAUACCCUUCGCCUUGAGCUCCAGGAGCAGAAGGCCCUCGGCAGUGGCCUCUACACCUGUUCUGCUGCGAACUCUCUGGGCCAGGCUAACACUUCCUUGGAGCUGCACCUAGAGGUCACCAGAGUGUCCAUAGCCCCGUCCAGCGAGGUGCCCGAGGGCACAGCUGUCAUCCUGACGUGUGAGGACCCUGCUGCCAAGCCCCCCACCAUCUACACCUGGUAUCAUAAUGGCCGCUGGCUCCAGGAGGGGCCCGCUUACGUCCUCCAGCUCCCUGGCACCACCAGCGCCUUGGACGCUGGUGCCUACUCCUGCACUGCCCGCGAUGCCCGGGGGAUCCGACGUUCCCAGCCUGCCACUCUGCGACACCUAUAUGCCCCUAGGGAUGUGUUCCUGACCUCUUUCUUGGAUACCCGGGCUGGUCGAGUGACUGUGUUGCAGUGCACUGUGGACAGUGAGCCUCCAGCAGAGCUGACCCUGUCCCGGGAUGGUGAGCUUGUGGCCUCUGGCCAGAGUCCCUUGGGGUCACUGGUGGGGAGAAGCCAUGUCCAAACCACUCAUAACACCCUCCGGCUGGAGCUGUGGGACGUCAGCAAGCAGGACGAGGGAGACUACCUCUGCUCUGCCCAGAAUGCUUUUGGCUCCAUCACUACCACGGGACAGUUGUGGGAAGAAGGUCUUCGCGUCAUGGUGGAGCCAGGCUUGGAGAUUCAUGAAGGAGACUCCCUCAACAUGACCUGCUUGUUGACCAGCCAGGCCCAAGAGAACACCACCUACACAUGGUCCUGGAAUUCCCGAUGGUUGCAAGAAAGUCCAGAGCCUACCCUCGUGUUUUCCCAGGUGGCCAGCAACCACGCUGGGGUGUACCAAUGUCAUGCUGAUGGGUCCUUGGGGCAUACCUCCUCAGCCCCCAUCAGCCUUAAAGUGCUAUAUGCACCACGGACACCUGCUGUGACCUCCUUUCUAGAGCCAGAGGCUGGUCUUUGGGGUAUACUGCACUGUCAUGUGGACAGCGAGCCACGGUCUGAGCUGACCCUUUAUCACGGAAGCCAUUUGAUUGCUUCUACCCGUCCUGGAAGCCAUCGUCAUCCCCACGUUCAAGUAUCAACCUCCUACAACACCCUGAGGGUGGAUAUCCAGGAUAUGAAUUCCAAAGACCAGGGAGAGUAUGUGUGCUUGGCAUCCAAUGCCCUGGGCAGCGCUGCUUCUUCUGUGUACUUUGGAACGAGAGUUCUCGAUCACUUGAAUCUGUAUCAGCUGCUCUUCAUCAUCUUCAUGGUGCUGUCUUGCUGCCUGCUGCUGCUCUUGGGUCUGGGGACCAUUCACAUUUGCAAGAGGAAAAGCCUCUUCUAUAAGUUGAAUGCAGAUGAGAACCUGGUAGAGAUGGCUUCCCAGAACGAGAAAGCUGAGGUAGAAGAAACUGAAGUCAGAGAACCUGAAGGCCUUGCCAAGGAGUCAGAGGUGGAUCCCAUCAGGUCCGUGGAAAAUGUCCUGAUAAAUUCUGGCUUCUCCAGACCAGAUACAGACACAUUCCUCUAAACUUCUAACUUCCAGGGGGUCUUGGGCAGUAGUUAGUAGAAAUAUGGGAGAGACAGAGUGUGCUCUCCUCUUGCCCAUCUCUUGUGGACUGCUGCCUCCAAUCCCCAUUAACCCAUCUGAAGAAGGGUUAAUAAUAUUCACUUCCCACCCCCAUCUUUUUCCUCCUUUCCUUCCCCCUUUUCCCUUUUCCCCCUUCAAUACUCCUCCCUCUUCUCUCUCCUCCACAAUUGUUCAUUUCACUUCUUCUAGAAACCCAGGUAGGUCCAAAGAAGCCUUUGAAAACUGAGCAUACUUUUAGCCUCCUGUUCUCAUGUUUCUUCUUCACCAUGGUAAGACGGAAGACUAUCAGUUGUGUUUUGGGGUUUGUCCCCCGAGAUAAACCAUCACCAUCACCACUGGAGAAGCAGCCUGGACUUGGAGUCAGCAAGUUUGUUUAUGAGAAUCUCGACAAGUCAC